ACGCAAUUACUGCCUCUGUCGCCGAGUUCAUCUUCUCCAACCAUCCUCCUCCCACCCACCCACGCACCAGAGAGGCAGGAAGAACAAGGCCGCGAGCUAGGAGGUAGAACUCCAUGGUCGAGCACAGGAGCUGACACCCCCCGCCGGAAGCACUCAACUUAUGCUUUGCCCUCUCACCGACCUGCUCCUCUCCAAUCCAAGGCAGCCGAUCCAAAGGUAAUGGCUUUUGUGGGGAUGGAUCCCGUUUUCGCCGCCGCUGAAUCCGCUAGAGUGGCGAACCAAGAUCCAGCGAGCGAGGUUUCGCCAGAUGAGUUGGACAGCGAUGGCGAUUGUUCUGGUGGUGAUGGUGGAUCCAGCGGUCCACCAGGAACACCAGCAAUUACGUCUAGAUUAUCUUUACUCAAGCUAGGUUCUGUUAUUAGCAAAUUUUCAGAUUUCAAGAAACAACUAGUCAGAGAAAUAGGAUUCGACGGGUUGCUUCAUAUUAAGUCAUGGCAAAAGAUAAAUCUUAAGUACAGCGCUUACCUCAUGGAUAGAGUACAUGUUGACAACAGCGUGAUCAACCUGGAAGGCCAGGGCAUGCUUGAGCUUACAGAUGAGUCAGUUCACUCUGUUUUUGCAAUACCACGCGGUGAGCUAGCAAUUGGUCCAGAAGGUGUCGAACCGUCUGAAGCUUGCAUUGAGUAUACACGUUUCGCAGCUAGCAUCAAUGACAAAGGCACACACAGCUUGAAGGCAGCAGAGGCAUACCUGAUGCGGGACAUCGCCGCCAACUCUAGAAAAAUUGACAUGGAUUGUUUCAAAAUUGCAUUCGUCAUCUUCGUAAUUGGCCAUGUUCUUGCUCCAUCAGCCAAACAUGAUUACGUAACAAUAGAUUUCUGGGCUGCCUUGAGUGAUGUUGACAAAAUCCGAACAUGGAACUGGUGUAGCUACAUUUUGAAACAUCUGUUCAAUGCUGUAAGGAAAUUCAAGUCAGAUGUCAUUAAACGAAAUCCAACAAUCCACAUUGUCGGCUGCCAUCUGUUCCUACAGGUGUUUGUGCUUGACAGCCUCGAGCUUGGCCAACUGAACAAACCACGCGGAAUGUACCCAAGGAUAGCGCUUUUUGAGCACGAGUCGAUGAAGAAGAUGAUUGAUAUCACAUCAGUAAACAUGGGUGGAGGAGAAAUAUCAUUUCACGGGGCAUCGGUCAAGGCUGAACAAAACAUCAGCAAAGGUAUUGUCUGCGCAUCAACCGAGCUUGCAAAUGAAAACAUUCCGAGGCAUUCUAAUACGACGAAACGAGUCCAGAUGCCAUCUGCGCCUAUUUUAAGAGCUACUUACAAUAAAAUUGGUCCACAAGAUUUUUCAAACCACAUACGUACAAACUAUCCAUCAAUAUCCGAUGAGAAGCUCGGGAUACUUCUCCGUGAGCACAAUGCUCGAGGUCUGGCAAACAUUUCAGAGAUGAGGCGGUCUUUCCAGUCAUCAAUGUUCACAUUUGCGGACAAGCUCAUCAACUGCAUCGCUGAGAAUUGUUCUUGUUGCAAGGCCAACGGACGUAAACAAUGCAUCCUGAAGAGUGAAAAUCAAAACAGUUGCACCAACUUGGCCAACACUCCUAUGCAAGAAAAAAUAGACAAUUCGUUUGUUACCCCUGUUUGCAACAAGGUUUCUCCCAGGCUGGCUGGACAACUCCCAAACGACGGUAGCUCGUCGGCCAAUAGCUCCAUUGCAAGGAAUAGGGGAGUUGUGUUCAGCCCGGCCAUCCAGACGGAAUCAUCAAAAAAGGUGUGUCUUCGGCUGGACGACCCACUCCAAGCAGUUUCCCAUUCAGCAGUAGAUACUGUCAACAACUCAUCUCUGUCUGGGAAGCAAGACACUCGCCGAGAGGUUGCCAAUACGAUUUAUUCAUUCUUUGAUGACCUGACUGCUAGCAUAGUCAUGUACUAUGUCGAGCAACGACCGAGCUCUGGAUAUGUUACAUUCGGAACUACAAACGACACCGCGCCAGCCAAAAUUCAGAUAACAAAGUGCAACAUCACCCGCGACCCAUGGGCAAUCGGUUCAGUUCCGAUGCCACCGGCAGUCCCAGUCCUUAGAGCCAUAAAAGAUUGGUUGGCUGUGUCAUCCACGUUCGUCCUUGAAAGGAAAUGGAUUAUGCAUCCAAAACCAAGACUCAUACUGCUCGACGGCAUUGAAAUCCAACAACAACUAUCAGGAAAAGAACAGCUUAGUCAUGAGAUGUGUGCUGUUAUUUUUAGGAGGCUUUCACAAAUGGACAAGACCUAUUCGAAGGACACUUUGACUAUGUUUUGGAGGAAGUUUCUUGAGCCUGAUUUCGGCACUGCAGUUUUAUCCAAUGCCGAUCCAUUGACCAUUCAGUCGAUCCGUGCAACAUUUACAGAAGAAAACGAGUUUUUUAGCCCAGCCUCUAGUCGGAUGUGGCAUAUACCUGCACUCCUACCGGACGGAUGGGCCGUCUACGCAUUCGACAUGGCCAAGCGAAGGAUUUUAGUACUAGACCCGGCCGUCGGCCCAUUUGGUUUUAGCAAUAGAAGGAUCAACAUGCACACAUAUGUGUCUGACCUGCUUCACGCUGCACUCUUCAGAUGCAUCCAAUCUUUAUAUGAUUCCUGGCACUGCAGUUCCGGAGAAUGGACCCGUGCAUUUCCUGUGAUCAUGUUAGAGAACAUUGAAAAGGAAGACUAUGGCGUGUGUGCUUCGUUUUUUGCCAGGAAUUAUGAUGGUGACAAACUCUAGAUCCCACUAACUAAAGCGAACCUGGAGAUUCACAGGGACCUGAUGCUCUAUGAGGUUAUGCGCCUGCAAGGCAAUGAAUCUCCAGUCCCUUCCGAUGCACUUGAAGCUAUUAAGGCGUCAUUCGUAGCGCUGUAGCGCUUUGAUUUUGGUAUGUUGAUGCUAUUUGGCUUAGACGCUAGAUGAAUGAACCCUCAUAUAUGAAUGUUUCCAUCCAAGAGUAAAUGUUUUUAAGGACACUGUUUUCUUAUGCAAACAUUAGUAGUUGAUGUUUUGCUAGGUGCACUGUUGUAACACACUUGUUAUCAAUUUCGUCCUACCCAAUUAUUUUCCGUGCUA